AUGUCCAGCCAAGCCUGUCCCUGGCAGGGCCCAUCCCAGCAGGCUCUGGAGCAGCCUUCAAGGGCCAAGGGCUGCAUAUGUGGGCCCACCACCUGCACUUGUGCCGGGGCCAAGUUCUACACGGAUCCAGAGGCCGCGAAGGACAUCUCUGACGGGGCGAACAUCAUGGUUGGCGAAUUCGGGCUCUGUGGGACUCCCCAGAACCUGAUAGGGGUGCUGCUCAAGACCCACAUGAAGGACUUGACCGUGAUCAGCAAUGGUAUGGACAACUGCUAGCUGGACGUUUUACUAGUGACCAGGUGGGUCACCCACAUCUCAUCAGCCACACCUACCUGGGUGAUGACAUGCUAUGAGCGCGAGUUAUUGGCUGGUGCACUGGAGCUGGAGAUCACACAGGGCACCUUGGUCCAGUGAUCCGUGCAGACAGGGCCAGGUGGGGCUGGGGUACCCACCUUCUACAUGCCCAGGGCCUAGCGGGACCCAGUUCAGGAAGGAGGCACCCCCAUCGGGUACGACCAUGACUGCCACAUCACCAUCAUGAGUCAGCCCAGACAGGUGAGGGAGUUUCUCCGGCAACACUGUUUUGGGGCACGCAUCACGGCGGAUUUUGCUUUGGUGAAAGGGUGGAAGGGCAGCUGUGUGGGAAAUGUCAUUUCCAGGAAUGUCAAUGUGCCCAUGUGCAAAGCUGCCGAAACCUCUGUGGCGGAGGUUGAAGAAAUUGUGGAUGUGGGGUCCUUUGCUCCGGAAGACAUUCAUGUUCCUGACAUAUAUGUAGAUCACGUGACAGGGAAAAAGUAUGAGAAAAGAAUUGAGCCCUUAACACUCUGGGAAGAGGAAGAAGGAGAAGCCAAGUCUGCAGAUGAAGGGAGUGAAUCUCGAACGGCAACUCUUGAAUUUGAGGCUGGCAUGUAUGCCAACGUGGGCAUAGGAAUCCCUCUUCUGGGCAGGAACUACAUCCACCCAGUAUGACUGUUCAUCUCCACAGUGAGUGGGAUCCCGGGCUCGGGGCCAUUUCCAUUAAAAGAGGACGUAGGCGCAGACCUCACCAAUGCGGGCAAGCAAACGGUCGCCAUUCUUCCUGGGGCUGUUUUCUCCAGCGACCACCCAUUUGCUGUGAUCCGGGGACACACCCACCUAACCAUGCUAGGAGCCAUGCAGGUUUCCAGACAGGUGACCUGGAAGAAGGUGAAGGGAAUGGGUGCGAUGGAUUUGGUGUCCAGUAUCAAGGCCAGAGUAGUGGUCACUGUGGAGCACCGCACCAAGGCCAGGGAGCCCACAGGCAUGGAGCAGCGCUCGGUGCCCCUGACUGGGGAGCGGUGCGUGGCCCGAAUCAUCAUGUAAAGGGCCGUGUUUGACGUGCACAGGAGGAAAGGCCUGGCGCUGGUCGAGCUCCGGGAGGCCUGGCGGCGGAGGACUCCCAAGGGGCACGGGGAGCGCCUUUGCCGGCUCACCCGUCAGACCCGCGCAGCAGCCUCAAUGGCCUUUCCCCUCUGCUCGCAGAACUUCCUGCGUCUUGUGGCCUGUGUCCUGGUGGUUCUGCUGCUUCCUCAUGACAGCACCUUGCCAUGA